AUGAUAUAUUUAAAUAGUCCUAUAUUAAUAAAAAAUAAUUAUAUUAUAUCAAAUUUAUAUUUAUUAUUAAUUUUAGAAAUAUUAUAUAAUUUAAAAUAUUAUAUAUUAAUAUUAAAUAAUUUAUAUAUAAAAAAAAAUAAUAAUUUUAAUAUAAUAUAUUUUAAAUUGAUAGUUUUAUUAACAAAUAUAGAUAUAAAUUCAAUAGAUACUAUUCAAAAUGUUAAUAGUUUGUUUAAAAUAAUUUUAAAUUUAAGUUUAAAUUUUAUUUAUAUUAAUAGAAAAAUUAAAAUUAAUAUUAUAUUAUUUAUAUUACCGUUAAUAUAUAAUAAUAUAUUAAUAUUAAAUGGUUUAUAUAAAACAUGUAUUCAAUUAUUAAGAAAAAAUAAUAAAAUUUUUAUUAUAAAAUUAAAAAAAAAUAAUAAAUAUAUUAUUUAUUUAUAUAUAUAUAUUAAUUUAAAUUUAAAAUUAAUUUUAGAAUUUAAUAAUAUAAAUAUAUAUUGUUAUUAUAAUACUUAUAAAUUUAAUUUUAUACUUAUAUUAUUAUAUUUUAAUUAUUUUAAUAUAUUAAUUAAGAAUUAUAAUACAAUAUUAAAAAAAAUAAUUAUUUAUAAUUAUAUUAAAUUUAUAAAUAAUAAAAAUUAUAAUAUAUAUAGUAUAAUUUUAUUAAAAUUAUUCCUUAUUAAAAUAUAUAAUAAUAAUAUUUAUAAUAAUUAUUUAUUUAUAAAUAUAUUAAAAAUUUUAUUUUCUAUAAAAAAUAAUUUUUUAUAUUAUCAUAAUUAUUAUAUAAAUAAUAUAUAUAAUAAAAAAUUUUAUUCUAUAAUCGAUCAUUUAUUAGAUAAAAGUAAAGAACACAUAAAAGAUUUUAAAUAUAAAAUAUUAAAUAUUAAAAAUUUUAAUAUUUCAUUAUUAUUAAAUUAUAAAAAAUAUAUAAAUAUUAUAUUAGAAAAUAUAAAUAUAAACCCUUUAAUUCAAUAUUCUGAUCAAACAAAUAAUUUAUCUGAAAUUAAUCAAAAAUUUAAAAUAAAUAUGAUUACAACAGGAUUAAAUUCUAAAUUUAUUUUAAAUAAUGAUUUAAGAGAAUUACCUAGAAAUAUAUUAGGAUAUAUUAGUUUAAUUAAUACUAAUGAAGGAUUAACUUGUGGAUUAGUUAAUUAUUUAACUGUUAAUGUUCAUUUAAAUUUAAAAUAUAAAUUAAUUGUAUAUUAUAAAUAUUUAUUUUAUUAUAAAUAUAAUUUUAAAUUAAUAUUAAAUAUUUUUAAUAAAAAUUUUUAUAAUAUUUAUUUUAAUAAAAUUUAUUUAAAAAAAAAUAUCAAUUUUAAUAAAACAAAUAUUUUAACUAUAAAUAGAAAUACAUUUAAAAUAAAUAAUAUUUUUAAAAAUACAAUAUAUAUACCAUUUAAUUAUUUAUUAUCUUUUAUUGAAAAUUUAAUUCCUUUUAUACAUUAUAAUGAUUCUAUUAGAAAUUUAAUGAGUAUAAAAAUGCAUGUUCAAAUUAUCCCUAUUUUAUAUCCUACUUUAAGUAAUAUUAUUACAAAUUAUAAUUUUAUUUUAAAUAAAUAUUUAAAUUAUUUGAUUAUUUCCUAUCAAGAAGGUAUUGUUAUUUAUGUUUCUUAUAUAAAAAUAAUAAUAAGAGAUAUUUUUAAUAGACAAAUAAUUUAUUAUUUAAAUAAUUAUAAAAAGUUUAAUCAAAAUAUAUUAUUAAUAUAUAAACCUAUAGUUUGGGUAGGUGAAAAAGUUAAUGUAGGUAAAAUAUUAGCUAUAAAUUCAAAUUUAUUAUAUUGUGAAUAUAGUUUAGGAAAUAAUUUAUUAGUAGGGUAUGGUUCUUAUUUAGGUUAUGAAUAUGAGGACGCUGUUAUUAUUAAUAAAAAAUUAUUAUAUAAUAAUUUAUAUACAUCAUUGCAUUUAAAUAUUUAUGAAGUGUCUUUUAAUAUAUUAAAUAAUAUACCUGAAAUAUGCAGUAUAAAUUUAUCUAAAAUACAUUAUAAAAAUAAAAAAAAUUUAGAUAAAUAUGGAGUUAUUAAAGAAGGUUCUUUUGUAUUAGCUAAUAAUAUAUUAAUUUCAAAAUUAAUAUUAAUGCCUUUUAUAUUUGAUAAUAAAAAUUUAAUUAAUAUUAUUAAUUAUUUAUUUGGUAAUAAAUUAAGAGUUUUUAAAAAUAAACCUAUAGUUUCUACAAUAUAUGAUAUGGGUAGAAUAAUUAAAAUUGAAUUUUUAUUUAAUAAUUUAUAUAAUAAAAAAAAAGAAAGUAAUAUUUAUUUAAAAGUUAGAAUAUAUAUAGGAAUACAAAAAUAUUUACAAUUAGGAGAUAAAAUUUGUAAUAGACAUGGUCAUAAAGGAGUUAUUUCAUAUAUAAAUGAAAUUAAUGAUAUGCCUUAUUUAAAUAAUAAAAUACAGCCAGAUAUAUUUAUAAGUUCUAUAAGUAUUCCUUCUAGAAUAAAUAUUGGUCAAAUUUUAGAAGGUAUAUAUGGAUUAAAUAGUUUAUAUACUAAUAAUAGGUAUAUAAUUUCUAAUAAUUUAAAUAAAAAUUAUUAUAAUAAUUAUAUUAAUAUUUUUAAUUAUUAUAAAUAUAAUUAUAAUAAUAAUUAUAAUAUAAAUAAAAUGUCUUAUAAUUAUAAUAAAUAUUUUUUAAAAAAUCCAUUUACAGGUCAUUUAAUUAAUAAUAGUUUUUGUUUAAAUAAUAUUUAUUAUUAUAAAUUGGUUCAUAUGGUUCGAGAUAAAUUAAGAUAUAGAUUUAUAGGACUAUAUUCUGAGUUAACACAACAACCUAUUAAAGGGAAUACAAAACAAGGAGGUCAAAGAUUUGGAGAAAUGGAAGUAUGGGCAUUAGAAGCUUUUGGAGCUUCUUUUUUAUUUAAAGAGUUUUUCACAUAUAAAUCAGACGAUAUUAAGAGUAGAAAAUUAUUAAAAAAUUAUUUAUUUAAUAAUAAUAAGAUGAAAACUACAUUUAUUUCAGAAACUUUCAAAUUGAUUUUAAAAGAAUUACAAAGUUUAUCUAUUAAUAUAGAAACAUUUUGUAUAUUUAAUAAUAAUAAUUUUAUAAAUAAUUUACCUAUAAAUAUAAUUUAUUAA